AUGGCAUAUAUAUGGCAUCGGCUCAACAGCUCUUUGUUCAGUACAGGCAUCAACGUUCAGUGUAGGCAUCGACAUCCUGCAAUCAAAUAUGGAGGGUGCAAAUCGGAGAAACAUCAACAGCAGGUCGCCGUGGCAGUGAGCCCCGGCGCGGGGCAGGGCACCGGCGCGGGGCAGGAGCUCCGCCGCGGGGGCAGGGGCGUCGCGCGGGGCGGUUGCUCCGGCGGGGUGCGCGUCCUCCGGCGAGGGGCGCGUCCUCCGGCGGGGGCCGGGAGCUCCGGCGUGGCGGGCACGGCCGCACGGGCUUCGGCGUGGGACGGGGCGAGGGAUCCGGCGCGAUGGGUGGGUGCUCCGGCGACGAGCAGGGGCUCCGGCGGGGGGCGCGUGCUCCGGCGGUGGUGGGGGUGCGUGCUCCACUGCUCCGUCCAUGGCCGCUUGUUGGGAACGAUAGGGCAUGGAGCCUGGACUUGCAAGAAUCCUAAUGUGCGUGCUCUGGUGGGCUUCCAUGGGCUGGACAAGCAGCGUGGCCUGCUAGAUGGAAAGCAUGGAGAGUCAAACCGUUGGAUGCAAACGGAAGGUUCGUUUUUUGCGACUGCAGCCAUACAUCGAUGGGGUUGA